AUGGGAUCAGCACGCUCGAAGAACGGUGCCAUCACUGAAGAGGACAAGAAAGCGCUCAGGCGGGAGAACUACAAGGCGUCGACUGCAAGUAGCGACAGAAACUCGCGUCAAGCUCGCGCUGAGGACGUGCUCUCGACGCUAGAGCAAGCCGCCCUCCUCGCGCGUGUACCCAACAUGCAGGAAGCUGCUUCUCUGGCCCUCUCUUUACUCGAUAGUGAUUCCCCUUUCAAAUCGUUGGCAACGGACGCUUGCGAUCUUGUGUACGCAGCGAUGAAUAGCUUGAAAAAUCGUGUGAAUAAGGGGCGUGCGCUCUCUGGCUCCCAAGAGAUGAAAAAUUCUCUAAGGUUGAUCCAGACGAUCAAGAAAGCGAACGACUUUGCCUUGGGCCAAGCAUCGCGAGGCGUUGUUUCGAAUUUUGUAUCACGCAGAAGAGACGCGAAGAUAGUACAAAAAUAUAGAGAAGAGUUGAAUAGGUAUUCGGGUCUGUUCGGGCUACAGUCGCACAUCACCAUCAGAGAGGCUGUCUCCCGCAUACAGGGCCAAUCGGAUGCCAUCCUAGAAGUACUGACAACGCUUGGGACGCCCCCCUCUAACGAAGCCCUAUCCAACAUGUCAUCCUUGAUUACGGCUUUCGGUAGCAUAGUGAACGACGGUCAAGGGACAUUCAACUCGAUCGACGGUAACUCCAGCGACUAA